AUAAAAAAAUCUGGCCAUUAUUACCGAAAAUUAAAGGUAAACCGUUCAAAUUAUGAAGAGUUUUUAAAAAAUCUAUAUGCACCAAGUAGUGUUUCUUCUCAUUCAAAAGCUAACGACACAGCAUCAGGAUCAUGUAAUUUUGUUUUAAUUUUGUGAGUAUAUUUUAAAUAAAAAAUAAUUUGUUACAUAGGUUCUAAAGAACAGGAGUGUAUUUCUAGCACAUCAAGUGAUCUUGACGAUAAUCUAAUGAAAACCAGUGAAACAUCAGAUGAUGGUGACCAGUUUAUUGAUAAAGACAUUUUUAAAACAGAAGAUACUGAAACGCAAUUAUUGCCUUGUUUAAGUACCGAAUUAGGAAAUUGGGCAAUCCGACAUAAUAUUACACAUGCAGCUCUAAAAGAUCUCCUACAAAUAAUCAAGAGACAGUAUGAUUCUAGUUUAUUUAUCGAUGCUAGAACAUUAGUAAAAACGCCACAAAAUACGAAAAAAAGUUGUAAAGUUAUACAGGGUGGAGAAUAUUAUUGGCAUCAAGGUCUUGACGUUUGUCUAACGAACACUUUUAAAAACUUGUCAAAAGACAUGUUAAUACAGCUCAAUGUAAAUAUAGAUGGGUUGCCAAUAUAAAAAAAAGUUCCAAACGUCAGUUUUGGCCAAUUUUAUGUAGCAUAUAUGAAAUGCCUGAUAUACAACCUAUGAUUGUUGGCAUUUUCCAUGGAAAUAACAAGCCUCUAGAUAUAAAGGAAUUUUUGGAGCCUUUUGUUGAGGAUGUUAAGCGGCUGCAAUCAAAUGGACUCUGUGUUAAUGGGCAUAUGAUUCACAUAAAAAUUAGAUGCUUUAUCUGCGAUUCACCUGCACGGGCAUUUAUUAAAGGUGUAGUCAAUUUCAAUGGGAUUAAUGGAUGCCUUAAAUGCACUACUGAAGGCGAAUAUUCUUAUCUUUCUCGAACUGUUGUAUUUCCUGAUAUAAAAUGUCCUCUUAGAACUGAUGCAAAAUUCAGAAGUAAACAUUAUGGUAAGCACCAUAAAGGGCAAGAGUCACCAAUUUUGAAAAUUUCCGAAGUUGACAUGGUGCAGGAUUUUAUAGUAGCAGAUGAACUACAUCUUUUAGAGCUAGGUGUGAUGAAGCGUUGUCUAACAGGAUGGAAAGAUGGUUCUAUGGGUUUCUCAAGUAAGCUAUGUGCUCGUGAUAUUGAGAGGAUCUCCAAACAUUUAAUAUCUGUGAAACUUCCAUCUGAAAUUCAUCGUUACACAAGAGGAUUAGAUUGCCUGGCAUACUGGAAAGGAGUAGAAUGGCGCAAUUUUCUUAAUUAUAUUGGAAUUGUUAUUUUAAAAGAUGUGUUGAACACUGACGUUUAUAAACAUUUUUUACUUCUUUUUGUUGCUGUUAGAAUAUGUUCUUCUGACAUGUAUGCUGAAAAUCGUUCGGUUGCCCAAUUAAUGUUUGAAAAAUAUAUAGAUGAUUUUAAGAUUAUUUAUGGCGUACAAUUUAUUACAAGCAACAUUUAUAACUUAGAACAUGUGGUUGAUGAUGUUAAUAGAUUUGGACAACUUUUUACAAUAUCUACGUACCAUUUUGAGAAUACAUUAUUUCAACUAAAAAAAUUAUUGCGCCAAGGAAAUAUAUAACAGUUUGCAUCAAAUUGUUAAUAGAAUUGGCGAAAGAAGUUUAAUAUUGAGCAAUGAUACAAAAAAGACAAGUUUACAGCCAGAAAUUAAGAAAAGGGGGAAUGUUAUCAAGUGCUACAUUUAUUCUCAUAAUUUUUGUUUAAAUGUAUAAAUGUUUUUUUAAAUGUAUAAUAUUGAUAAUUAUUAAUAUCCAUUUUUACAAACACUUUAUAUACUUAAAGAAUAAAUAAUAAACAACGUACUUACCUGGAUUACAAUUAUUCAUUUUGACUUAAAACUUACGCAAAAAUCACUAUAAAAAUAGGAAAAACAAAUAAAUUUUGAUCUCCGUUUACAGACAAGACAGUAUUUUCGCGGUAAAUCCCAGGAGUGUUUUGUUCUGCUAAUAAUCAAUCUCAAUUCAGCUAAAAUUUAGUGAAUGUGGCGUUGUUUACUUUUGUAGCAAGUAUUCAGAAGUUAUUCAACUAAAAUUCCGAUAAUUAUUUUCAGCUUUUGUUCGACAAAUAAACAGCGCUUCUUCAAAUUUAUUUCAGCUGUUGUUCAGCUUCCAAAGCUUUUCAUUUAUACAAUAAAAUACACAUUUUUGGUAAGUGCCAGAUUAGCUCAGUGGGAUAGGCAGUGAUAUAUGGAUCGAAAGGUAGCAGGUUCAAAUCGCACAGAAGACACUAUAAAAUAAAAAAAGUAAGUAUUACGAUUUUAAAUAAAAUAAUAAAAUAAGUGUGAAAUUGAAGUUAAAAGAAAGCUAAUGUCGAUAAUAAAUCGUAAUAAAUAUAUAAAAAAAAAACAUUUU